AUGGAGAAAAUGAAGCUGGGGAAUAUAAUUGUGAAAUUGUGCCGUGGGCAAGAACUGAGGUUGAGAGCCAUAGCCAGAAAAGGCAUUGGCAAAGACCAUGCAAAAUGGUCACCUGCAGCAACAGUUACUUUCAUGUAUGAGCCAGAGAUCCAUAUCAAUGAAGAUAUGAUGGAGACUUUACCACUUGAAGAUAAAAGAAAUUGGGUUGAAAGUAGUCCCACCAAAGUGUUUGACAUUGAUCCUAACACUCGGCAGGUUUGGGCUUGGGCUGUAGGUUCUCCGGGUUUUCAGUUUCAAGCUUCUCAGUUGUUGCUUAAUGCAAUAGAAGUUCUUAAGCAAAAGCUGGAUGCAGUUCACCUUUCGGAGGAUACUGUAGAAGCCAACAAACAGUAUGGCAAGUUGGGUGCACAUAUGCGAGGAGGUUGA